AUGCUGGUCAACUCCUUUGUUAUCUUGUCCCUCGUAGCGACAGCACUCUCUGCUCCUUUGUCAUUGUUGAGGCGAGCGAACCCAUGCUUCGUCACUGGCAGUGUUGCUUUGCCAGCCGAAGUUGCCAACAGUCUGCAGGGUCUCAAGGCCGUUACUUGCAAUGCCAAACGACAGGUUGCGCCGGGGGUUCCAGACGUUACUAGCGGAGGUAUCGCAUUCAGCUCGAUUGACUUUCAAAAGUCGUCCCUUUCUCCACUUGGCUUUGCUCUGGCCACGUUCAAGACACCGACGGACCCUGCAAAGGCUGAUUUGAAGACCCUGCAAAAUCAGCUGAAUGCUUACUUGGCUGUUGAAGCUGGUGUUAGAUCGCAGCCAAACUCUUCUGCUCUACUCGCGCGGCUGAAAGGACCCAAGUUCUUCAUUCAGUUCCAGAUUGCUCGGGUCCAAACGGCCAAAGGAGUCGCAUUGGGAGUCGCGGACACCGUUGAGCACCAGUUGGGCAAGGUUACUAAGAAUGCUGUCGGAGCCAAGGCUAGUGAGAUCGCCCAAGUUACUGCCCUCUCCAAACAAUUGUAA